AUGUCUGACGACACCACCACCUGCCAACAGCCAUCACACGAAUCUGGCACCACUCUUCCAUCACAACCGCAGCUCCGCGCUACAACGACCGCCAACUCAGCAUCGCCAUCCACCACCACCGCCGCCAGCUCCACUUCGCCGUCUUCGUCGUCGCCGUCGCGGUCAUCGUCAUCUCCAGCAGACGAGGGCUGCGCGUCGUCGUGGUUGUCUCCUUCAUCGCUUUCACAGCCCGCGAGGUCUCACAGCCACCAGCGAUUCGCGCCGGCGGCGGGCCAGGAGCAGGAGCAGGACUCGCAGGGGCUGCGGUCGCUGCUCAUGCUGGUGCGCGAGAUGCGACGCGAGAACGAGCGACUGCACGACACCAUCGCCCAGCUGUGCGCCACACAGAAGAAGACCGAGCGCAGGCUGGCGCGCGUGGAGGAGGAUUACCAAACCAUCAAGCUCACGCAGACACGCAUGGAGCUCAACCAAAAGAGCGAUUACCACGCCAUAACCCACCGACUUGACCACGUCCACACCCACACAAGCCCUGCGUGCCCGCCGUCGCUUUCGUCUUCGCUGGCGGCGGCUGCGCGACCAGCAAUCCCACCGCAAUUGGACUCCCAGCCAUCGUCGUGGUGCGUUGGCAUGCCGCACGUCGCGGCCGCGGCGCCCACGACUUCGCGAGCCGAAGUGGAGCGGUUCAUCGCGCAAACGCUUCCAUUUCUGCGGGCGUUCGAUCAGACUUCCCUCAUCCUCCGCGACUUGCAACGUCCUUUCGCCGUCAUGCAUAUGAAGCAGGCCGAGACGCUGGACGACCUGGCACCCAUCAUCGUCUACGCGUCACCGCCCCUGUGCAAGCUCCUCGGCUACAGCACCUUCGAGCUGCACGGCUCUUCGAUGUCUUCCUUCGGCUUGGCGGACCAGAACUUUUUGCCAAUAUUCGUGGAGAUGGCGUUGAUGCCGUCGCCCACGCCCGUCGGCCAGCCACUCUGGGUGCCCGGCGUCUUAGAGACGAAAGGCGGGCGCGGCAUGCGGGUGUACACCACGCAGCAAUUCCUCUACAGCCAACGACGGAUGGUGGACAGCGUUCUAGAGCCGACACCGCUCACGACGCUGCGCCUACGCGACAUAAACGACCCCACUGCCCGAGCAAUUGCCCGAGCGUACCUGCUCGCGCAGCUGCCGAAUUCGCUGCUCUUUGGGCGCCGCGGCCGCGGCCUCGGCCGCGAGUUGACAACCGGGCUGCCCGAUGCCGCACACCACCACCGAGAUUCGCACCAGUGCCUCCAUCGCCAGGCGUUCGUCGAGCCGGUCGGCGUGGUCGGAGAGCGCACUACGCAGAAGGAGGAAGCUCUGACGGCCGCGCUUACGGGCCAACAAGACGAGGUAGGGGCGGUGCAGCCUGAACUACGGGCAGACGCCGAACUGGAGGAGCUCAUCCGGGUCUUCGAGUCGCCGAGCCAGAGCAGCGGCGGCGUGCGUUCGCCGCAGAUGGUGGGCUUCACCUCGCGCCCGCCACCCACGCCCUCCAGUCUCGCCGAGCGAUGGAUGCGCUGA